AUGCAUCCCUUCUACAGUCGGGCCGCCACCAUGAUAGGCGAGAUCGCCGCCGCUGUGUCCUUCAUCUCUAAGUUCCUCCGCACCAAGGGGCUCACGAGCGAGCGACAACUGCAGACCUUCAGUCAGAGCCUGCAGGAGCUGCUGGCAGAACAUUAUAAACAUCACUGGUUCCCAGAGAAGCCCUGCAAGGGAUCAGGUUACCGUUGUAUUCGCAUCAACCAUAAAAUGGAUCCUCUGAUUGGACAGGCAGCGCAGCGGAUUGGACUGAGCAGUCAGGAGCUGUUCAGGCUUCUCCCAAGUGAACUCACGCUCUGGGUUGACCCGUACGAAGUGUCCUACAGAAUUGGCGAGGAUGGCUCCAUCUGUGUGCUGUACGAAGCCUCACCAGCAGGAGGUAGCACCCAAAACAGCACCAACGUGCAAAUGGUAGACAGCAGAAUCAGCUGUAAGGAGGAACUUCUCUUGGGCAGAACAAGCCCUUCCAAAAACUACAAUAUGAUGACUGUAUCAGGUUAAGAUAUAGUCUAUGGAUGGAUCAUCUUAUAAUGGAUGGAUAAAUUUGAUUUUUGCUUUGGGUGGGCUCCCCU